AUGCCCAAGAGGAAGGUUAGCACAGGCAGAGCCACCAAGGCGAAGCCCAAGAACAACUCGGUGAGGCUGUUGGCCAGGCCCGCUGGGGCCAAAGUGGACAUGAAGCCAAAAAAGGCCGCGAGAAGGGAUAAAUCAUCAGACAUAAAGGUGCAAACAAAAGGAAAGGGCUGGAGUGGCUGGCCAGCAAAAUACAGACACAUAGAUCUGCCUAUAGAAAAUGGAGAGACAGAAAACUAG